UCAAAGAUAGGUUGAACAAAUCCUUAUAAAUUCGGAAAGUCUUGAUUUCCCUUGCAUAGUUGUAUUUAUACUUCCUCUCUAGAUGGAAAUUAGAUAUUGAAGAAGCGCUUGAAGCACGACACCCAGUAGUCUCUUACCCGAACUUGAGGUGGAUUAGCAAUAACCCAAUGAAUACAGAUCGCUGAGAACAUGGAAGCAGAUGUCUCUAAUGCCGCAAAGUUGUAAUCUUUUGGCGUAAUUGCUUCUUAUUUUCAAAAAAAGGGCUUAUAGGGUUUUGAAGUUGGAGCUAUGCUUAAUCUCUCUGUGGUGUUUCCCUUCUUUCUAUUGGGCUUUCUUUCACUGAUGACUCCUGCGUUUGCUAAUAUCGUUUUGAUCGGUAGAAAUACAACUUUCUCUUUGGAAGACAUUGAGGCUAAUUUUGCUCCCACAGCAACUGGAUCAGGACAGUGUGGGAGAUUGUAUGUUGCUGAGCCAUUGGACGCCUGUUUACCCUUGAAUAAUAAGGUGGGCCCAGUUAAAAACAGCACUAAACCUCCAUUCGUGUUGAUAAUAAGGGGAGGAUGUAGAUUUGAGGAUAAAGUUAAAAGAGCACAAGUUGCUGGAUUCAAAGCAGCCAUAGUCUAUGACAAUGAGUACGGGGACUUAGUUGCAAUGGCGGGAGAUUCUAGCGGCAUAAAGAUACCUGCCGUAUUCGUGUCAAAAACUUCAGGAGAUUUGCUCACUAAAUAUGCGGGCAACAUGGCAGUUGAAGUAUGGAUAAUACCGACCAUUGAGAAUUCGGCGUGGUCAAUCAUGGCCAUAUCAUUCAUAUCAUUGCUUGCCAUGUCAGCAGUGUUAGCCACCUGUUUCUUUGUUAGGAGGCACCGUGUUAGAAGAGAGAGACUGACUCGGACCACUACAAGCACAACACGUGUUAGAGAAUUUCACGGGAUGAGUAGGCGGCUUGUUAAGGCUAUGCCUACUUUGAUAUUUACAACUGUGGUUGAGGAUAACUGUACAUCAAUGACUUGUGCUAUAUGUCUUGAAGAUUAUAAUGUUGGGGACAAGCUUAGGGUUCUGCCAUGCCGUCAUAAAUUCCAUGCCAUGUGCGUUGAUGCUUGGCUAACGACAUGGAGAACUUUUUGCCCAGUUUGCAAACGUGAUGCCAGAAGCAGCACAGGCGAUCCACCGGCAUCAGAAUCCACACCAUUGCUUUCUUCAAGCACGUCUCUCUAUUCAUUCUCAUCAAGAUCAUCGUUAGCCAUACAAAUAGGCCCUUCAACAUCCCGCCCCCCUUCUCGCCCUCUGUCACUCAAUUCCUCUGCCCAAUCAUCCAAUCUUGUUGCAAGCCGGAACUCGUUAGACCUAAGGGAUCCGUCUUCUCAGCUGUCCCAUGGCUCUUAUUUGGUUUCACCUCACUCAUUAUCACUGGGGUACCCUUCCAUAUCACCUCUUAAUAACUCAAGAUACAUGACUCCAUAUAUUCCGACAAGUUCGGGCAAUGCUUCAAGUAGCUAUAUCGGCGGCUCUUCUAGUCGGCAUCCAAACCCGCUUCAUCACAGUGAGUCCUAUGCAAGCUUUUCGCCAUUUGCUUCAGCUCAGUCGCUCCCGGAUUGUGAGUAGGGAACCCGUUUAAGAGACAAGUUGGUCCAGGCAACUGUGGAUGACACUAGAAUGUAUGUUUGUUUGUACUUUAUAACAUUUGAUUUUUGUUUGUGCAUGUUCUGCUUUGAGAAUGAAAGUGCUUACCCCUCACCUUCUCUUUCACUUUCUUGUUGGGGACGACAUUUUGAGAUGCUUAGGAAUUCUGUGUUCUUGAAUUUAUUAUUUGUACAUAUAGCUGACAUCUCAUAUUUGCACUUCUCAUUACAAUUUUUUCUGCAUAAUGUAUAUACCCUUUGUUUUACAACGCAUGUUUAGGAUUGUGCGCUGGAAUUGAGGAAUGAAUGUAAUGUUUCAUAACUUUAGACUCCGUAUUAGGCUUGAAUUAAA